GAGUUCCUGAUAAAUAAACUUUCUCUUUCGGAGUCCGAUCUACCUACCGACUCUCCAAUCAAACGCUGGCAUCCGGCUUUUCCUCUGGAUACCGCUGUCCCCACCAUUGCGCCCACGCCUUUACCACCGAAACCUGACGCUAAUGAAAAUAAAAUAACUUCAGCAAGUGAGGCUGUUGCCGCCUUUCGGGCUCGCGCCCUUUUCCGUGAAGCGAAUAUCUGCGAGCGGGUCCGUGAGCGUGAGAAGUUCAUGCAAUGCUCACUGCUUAUACGCUCGCCGAUCCCCGAGAAGCAACGUCUUGCCUACUCUUGUCUCCCAACUACCAUCACGCAGGUGUGGCGUGAACUUCGAACUCUGGGCGGUAGGCCCGUGCCCCUAGCCACUGUCGCAACGCGCCUCGCCCAGUCUAGCGAGACGGGACUGGCACAAGACGUCGCACUCUAUCGCAUUGAGGAGCUCAUUUCCCUCAUGCCCAAUUGGGUGGAGAAAGUAGCCUGGGCGAAGCCACAUCUACGGCUUAAAGAAAUGGAGCGUCCCCUGAAAGACGUGAUAGACGAGGCUAAACGCCGGGUCAUUGAGAAGGGAAUCGUCUGA